AUGUCUAGUAGAGAAGAUCGUUACUCACACUCAAAACGCCAAUAUUCUAGGUUCGAUCGCGAUCCCAGACCUAAGAGAUCUGGUUGCGAUGUUAAACCAGAAACUGUAAGACAGCCAAGUGGUUCUGUUAUGGGUAAAGACUAUUUGGACAGGGAUCGGAAGGACUGCCUUUGGCUGAAGAAUGCAUCACCUCUUGAAGUUUCGUUGGGUAAGGGGGAUUCUAAGGUAGAAACCGGAGCUGUGAGUAAACAAUCCAAAAAAAAAACUGGUGGACACUGUGAAGGCACCAAACAUUCUUCAAACCAAACUAAAUUACCUCACUCUCAAUCUUAUUUUCAGCAUGUUGGCCGUGGUAAUGCCGGGCAAGUUGAGCGAAGCUUCGGUCGGAGGGCAUCUGCUGAGCGUGGAUGGUGGGGAGAUGCAAAGGAGCAGCUAAAUGACAGGAUCAAAAAUAAAAAAGGGGAGAGUGAUGCACAGCUAAAGGACCUGAAUACUAAAGAUAACAGGAAAUGUAGCCACACCGGGCAGCAUGAUGGGUACUACAAAAUUGAGGCAGACCCAAAAGUACCUGCACUUAAAAGUCCUGCCGUUAGCAAGCAAAAGUUUCUUGCAGAUCCCAAGAAAACUCGCAAAGCAGCAGCCAACCCUGUGAUUCUGAACCCUGAAGAUCAUGCCAUGGAAAGUGAAAAAAGAGAAGAGAGAGGCCUUACCUUUCGUCAUUUUGGAACACGUGAAAAAGCAUUUGUAGAGAAGAGGGAGGGUAAUAGGGGGAAAGCAUUGAGAGGUAACGUUUCCUUAAGAGAAAAGUAUGGAGCUAGUGAUAAGUACGGUAGAACAAAUAGGGUCAUUCCAAGGCAGGGUUAUCCUCCAACUGGAGGCUAUGUUGAGAAAUGGAAGCAUGAUCUUUACAAUGAAGCCAGUAGGAGUCCAACCCCAAAGAAUGAGGAUUGCUAA